AUGUCGGUAUGUGUACAACGCGCGAGCCACGUAGUGCGCGCGAGCCUAUCAGCUUGGAUACUUAUACUGUUGUGUUUUGUGUUGCUUGCUGUAAGCGUUACGGGAGCAGCAUCUCUGGGUGCACAUCUCGUUUGUGCGAGAGUAUCUGGUCUGACUGACAAGCAGAGAGCCAUGUGUCGAGCCUCGCCAGCCGCGAUAGCAGCCGUAGGAGACGGACUAAGAAUGGCGUACGCAGAAUGCCGUGCACAACUAAGUGGCUACAGAUGGAAUUGUUCUGGAGUUGGUAAUGGAAAUGACUUUGGACACGUCAUGCCAUUAGCAACACGUGAAGCUGCAUUUACGUACGCCAUUACAUCAGCGGGUGUAACUCACGCGUUGAGCACUGCAUGCGCUAGAGGGGACUUACCUGCUUGUGGGUGUUCGUCGAACAGACGUAGACCAUCAAGUCCAUCAGAGCAGUUCCAAUGGGGAGGUUGUGGUGAAGCAGCCUAUGGAGCAAGAUUCGCUCGAAGGUUCCUUGAUUCAAGAGAAAUGGAGGCAGACGCACGAAGUCUAAUGAAUCUUCACAACAAUCGAGUAGGAAGAAAGACAGUAAAGGACCUAGUACGUCGUGAAUGCAAGUGCCAUGGAGUAUCGGGGUCCUGUGCGUUGCGUACAUGCUGGCGAGCGUUACCCCAAUUCCACGUGGUGGGCUCUGCUCUAAGGGAGAAGUACCAGAAAGCUAGAUUGGUCAUACCCCACCCGCCGACUGAGACACACGCUCCACAAACACAUCUUGUUAUACGCAGAACGAGACAAAAUGCCGGUAUAGGUCGUCAGCCUCGUAAAUCGGAUCUGGUGUUUUUGGAGCCUUCACCAACUUACUGUGAACCUGAUGCUCUUGCUGGAUCAUUUGGCACUCACGGAAGACACUGUAAUAGAACCUCAAGAAGUGAAGAAGGCUGUGAAACUCUGUGUUGCGGUCGUGGUUACAACACAGUGAAGACUCAAGAAGAAACAAAAUGCCACUGCCGUUUCCAUUGGUGUUGUCGAGUAUCGUGCGACAAAUGCGUCACUAAGAGCGAAAUUCAUGUUUGCAAAUAG